AUGGACCCAGAAGCUAAUGCAUCGAGCACGGUAGCUGUAGCGAAGUCAGCUGGGCCUGACAGCGUUGACUGGGACGGCCCCAAAGACCCUGCGCAUCCACGAAACUGGACUAAGGGUACAAAGCAGAUGCAUGUCCUAAUUAUCAGUGUAUUCACACUCUACUCGAAUCUCGCCGCCGUCAUGUUUGCCCCAGGCGCUCCCCAACUAGUCAAAGAAUUUGGCAUUACUAGCAACAUUGUCGCGUCCUUUACUGUGUCAAUUUACAUUCUUGGAUACGUUUUUGGGCCUUUAUUCCUCUCGUCAAUGUCCGAGCUUUACGGCCGACUCGUCGUCUACCAUACUUGCAAUGCUGUCUACAUGGCCUUCACAAUCGGUUGCGCUCUCAGCAGCAACGCCGCCAUGUUUCUCGUAUUUCGAUUUAUUUGCGGCUGUGCUGCCUCUGCUCCAAUGGUUGUCGGUGGAGGAACGAUUGCGGAUCUCUACAUCGCGAGAGAACGUGGAAAGGCCAUGGCCCUUUUCGCCCUCGGACCACUUCUCGGGCCAGUAAUUGGCCCAGUCAUUGGUGGCUUCGUGACUGAACGUCUGGGAUGGCGAUGGACUUUCUGGAUAAUUUUGAUCCUGGCCGGCAUCGUCACCGUGACUGCGUUGAUCCUGAUGACUGAUGAGGGAGACUUUCGAACCCGUUCUUCUCGAACGCAAAGCUGCGCGAGAACUUUUGACAAGAACCGCACACCGACUCAACUCCUCGCGCGCGCUUCCAUCCGACCCCUCAGGAUGCUUUUCCUUUCUCCCGUGGUUUUUCUCUUGUCCCUUUACACAGCCUUCAUGUUUGGCCUCAUUUACCUUCUUUUUACUACUUUCCCUGGAGUCUUUGAAAUAACUUACCAUUUCGCCACCGAAACUUCUGGCCUCGCAUACCUGGGUCUUGGCAUUGGCAUGAUUGUUAGUAUCGUCUUGUUCGCCGUUUUAAGCGACAAACUCUUGCAUCAGCCACGCGAGGGAAAGCUGGAGCGGCCUGAACUUCGACUGAUUCUCAUGAUGUGGUCUACACCAGUUAUACCGAUUGGCUUCUUUUGGUACGGAUGGAGUGCAGACAAGGUCACGCAUUGGAUUGUCCCGAUCCUGGGUACCCUUGUCAUCGGACUCGGGGCUUUUCUGACGCCCAUGCCGGCCCAAUUGUAUCUAGUGGAUGCAUUUGGAGCCGAAGCCGCAGCAUCAGCACUGGCUGCUAAUACCGUACUCCGCAGCUUGUUUGGUGCCUUGCUGCCUCUUGCAGGGCCAGCAAUGUACGAGGCUUUGGGCCUCGGCUGGGGCAACAGCUUGUUGGCGUUUAUUACUCUGGCGUUCUGCCCGAUUCCUUUUUUGUUCUACAAAUACGGCGAAGGUCUCAGAACCAAGUUUCCCAUCAGUCUAUAG